AUGUCCCUGGUACAAUACUCCGACUCGGAGUCAGAGGCAGAAUCCGCAUCGCCUCCAGCUAAAAAGCCCCGCGUCGAGCCCCGGCCCGGAUUGCCCCCGCUGCCAGCGGCCUUUCAUGACCUCUACGCGUCCAGCACGCGGGUCAGCGUAAAAGAUGACCCGAACCUACACGGCGGCCGCAAGCGCGCCAUUCCUCAUGUGGAAGGCAACUGGCCGAGUCAUCUCUAUCUGGAAUGGUAUCCGGCUAAAAAUGAGCUAGCUCUCCUUGCAGAUCUCAUCGCCCAAGCUCAAGGCCACGAUCCAAAAGAGCAUAGUAUACACAGCCUCUUGCACAGCGACCUGGGCGCCCAGCUCCCGUUGCACAUCAGCCUCUCACGCCCUGUAGUUCUUCGCACCGAGCAGCGGGGCUCGUUCACAGACCUCUUACAGAAAUCCAUCCGCGAUUCGCACAUCGCUCCGUUCUCAGUCCUCCCUGACAUACUAAAAUGGGUCUCCAAUUACGAAAAAACCCGCUGGUUUCUGGUCCUGCAUGUCGCGAAGCCGCUCAAUGACGAACUGAACUACCUACUGCACUUGUCCAAUAGCGCCCUGGCCAGCUUCGGUCAGCCGCCGCUUUAUGCGCCCUCGCGUGAUUCUCGCGCCCGUGCGUCAGUCGCGCAUGAUCGGCGCACAGAUUACUCAGACUGUUUCCAUAUAUCGAUUGCGUGGAGCUUGGAUGCGCCUGCAGUCGGGGAUGUGGAGCGCGUUGCGGCUAUUGAUCUGAAACCAGCACAGGACCUCGAGGUGCGCUUUGAUAGUGUCAAGGCUAAGAUUGGGAACCAUGUUGAGAGUAUAUCCCUCCCUGCGACUUGA